AUAGACUGACAUUUCAGUAAAUGUUACCUAACUAGCAUGUGAAUUGAUAAAAGUUCCGCAUUUUUUGUUUGUUUACAUUAUACAGUGAGUGAUUAUUUUCAUAGCUGACCAUAGCGAAAAUAGCGAGAAAAAAAAAUCAAACGCGUCCAAUCACAAUCGGCAAUAUGAAUGCGAAGCGAAUUUUCAUUAGCUCUAACUGAUUUGGUUUUCUCACGGGAAAAUCAUUUAAACCAUUGCCAUAUUGUUCCUUUAUUUAAAUUUUUUUCUGCGUAGUUUCGGACUGUGGUAUUGGUAUACAGCAAACCGAAUGAUGAAAAUGUUUGCAAAAAAUCAAUGCACAACCUUUGUGCGGCUAUUGAUGUGCCCGCCAAAAGUAACGCUCUCUGCGAAACGAUCCAUUCACAAUUAUGAUGAAAUUUAUGCACAAACUAAAACGCUUUUUCUAUCCAAAAAACUGCCGAAGAACGUAAAUAAGACUGCUGUUUUUGCUUGCAAUGAACUCGAUCUUGAAGAGAUUCAAGUUUAUGGCUUUGACUAUGAUUAUACGCUGGCUUGUUAUAAGAAGUCAUUGCACUAUCUGUUGUAUGAUUUGGCUCGCGAUAUGCUCGUUGAAAAGCUGAAGUACCCCGAAGCAAUAAAGAGCCUAGAAUACAUGCCUGGUUUUGCCAUUCGUGGAUUGCAUUAUGACAUUGAAAAGGGUUUGCUGCUCAAGCUUGACUCCUUCCUGCAGAUUCAAUUGGGAUCGGUUUAUCGUGGUCUCACACCUGUGAGUGAUGCUGAGGUUAUUCGACUCUAUCGCAACCGUGUUGUUCCAUUGGCUUACGUCGAAGGUGCUUCGAAAACUCAGUAUGGUCGCGGUAAGAUGGUGCAGCUGGCUGAUUUAUUCUCGGUGCCCGAGAUUAGUCUAUUGUGUAAUGUGGCGGAAUAUUUCGAAAAAGAGCAACUCAAUUACCAUCCAGAGAUUCUCUUCAGAGAUGUCAAACGUUCAAUGGGAGCUUGUCACCCAGUGAUGCAUGGAAUUGUAUCACAAAACGUGGAUAAGUAUAUCGAAGCAAAUCCAAGACUUGAGCCAUUCUUCAAGCGCCUUAAAGAUGACAAUAAACAACUAUUUCUUGUUACAAACAGUCCGUAUCAUUUUGUAAACCAAGGGAUGAAUAUGUUAGUUGGUCAAAAUUGGAAGGACUACUUUGAUGUAGUGAUUGUUCAAGCACGAAAACCGAGCUUCUUCACCGAUCAAACGCGUCCGUUCAGGGUAUUUGACACCAAAACUGGAACACAUUUAUGGGAUCGCGUCUGUAAUUUUGAACGUGAUAAAACCUAUUUCGAAGGCACUGUGAAACAGUUACAGGAACUUAUGAAUUGGUCCGGCCAUGAAGUAUUGUAUUUCGGUGAUCAUCCGUAUUCGGAUUUGGCCGAUGCUACUCUCGAACAUGGCUGGCGAACGGGUGCCAUUAUCAGCGAACUCGAUCAUGAAAUCGAUACUCUGAACAAGCCUGAGUUUAAACAGAAUGCAAACUGGUUGCAAAUGCUGACUCAACUCAUCGAAGACUAUCAAGAUAUUGACACAGAUGAGGCGAGAGCAGCUCUUUGUAAAUGGAAUACUGAACGGGAUCAACUUCGUCAAGCCACAAAACGAGUGUUCAACAAGCAAUUCGGAAGUGUAUUUCGAACUUAUAACAAUCCAACGUAUUUUUCGAGGCGUUUAUUCCGUUUUUCGGACAUAUACACCAGCAACAUAUCUAAUAUAACCAAUUACUCGACGGCGCAUACAUUUUAUCCUCGUCGUGGAGUCAUGCCUCACGAAUACUCAUCGCUAUUCUUAUAAAAAAAAAUCGCUUCGUUUUUCUGCUCGCAACCAUUGCAAGGAUCGCAGUGCAAUAAUAAUUGAAUUUGUGCCAAAAUGUGUGAAACCAUUUCACUUGCUACCAUUUUGUUGUGUUUUUGAGCAUUUAAAAUGUGUUCGUCUAGAUCAUUGUAGAAUUAGUUAUCAUGUUCCUCGGUUGUCCAUAAUCACUAGCACCGACUAUAAUAUAUUCAAUUGUAUUUUAUUGUGUAUAGAAAAAUAUUAUCCGAACACACAAAUUGUAUUAAAUUGCAUGCGAAAAAAAAACACCGAACAAUAAUUAAAUUUAGACAAAUGUUGCUUAAAAUCUGAAAA